AUGAAAGAUCUCUUAAUCAAGAAACAGUACUUUGGUGAGGUUGCUGCAUAUGUCCAUGUUACUGAGUUUCAGAAGAGGGGGCUGCCACAUGAGCACAUGCUUUUGAUCAUGCGAUCGGAUAGCAAGCUAACAAAUCCAGAUGGGUACGACAAGGUGAUAUCUGCAGAAAUUCCUGACAAGGACAGGUACCCUGUAUUGCAUGCUUUGGUGGUGAAGCAUAUGCUCCACGGACCAUGUGGUGCUCUCAAGAAAAAUUGUCCUUGCAUGAUAGAUGGUGAAUGUCGAUUUCGCUAUCCUCGGCAGUUCUGUGAUGCUACGGAGCAAGGAAAGGACUCAUAUCCUAUCUAUAGGAGGAGGCAUGAUGGUCGCCGUGUGAAGGUCAGAGGAGCUGAGCUGGAUAAUAGGUGGGUUGUCCCAUACAACCCUGGUCUCCUUAUGCUGUAUAAUUGUCACAUCAAUGUUGAAGCUUGCUCUAGCAUCAAGGCAGUGAAAUACUUAUUCAAAUACAUCUAUAAAGGACAUGAUCGUGCUUCAUUCUCAGUUGAUCCAGCAGCAGAUACAGAUGGUGGAGUAAUCAAUGAGAUUAAACAGUAUAUAGAUGCUAGGUUCGUGGGGCCACCGGAGUCUAUCCACAGGAUUUGCGCUUUUCCAAUGUACGGUGUCUCUCCCUCGGUUCUCCAACUUCAACUUCAUUUGGAAAAUAUGCAGUCUGUCACAUUCAAGGAGGGUGCUAAUCUAGAGGAUGUUAUCAGUCGGGAUUCUUCUUCCAACACCAUGCUCACUCAAUAUUUCAAGAUGAACAAGGUGGACCCUUAUGCGAGGAACUUCUUGUACAAAGAGUUCCCAGAAUUUUAUCGUUGGAUUAAGGGUGCAACAUCAUAUGAAAAUUUGAAGACUGUGCAUGGAAAGUUGUGCGCGUCUUUCAGAGAAGCGUGUGAGAAAAGAGGUCUGAUAGAGACCGACAAGUCACUUGAUGACUGCUUGACUGAGUCUGCUACUUUCCAAAUGACACGUGCUCUAAGAAGGCUAUUUGCAACUAUUCUGGUGUUUUGUGAGGCGACAAACAUCCGAUCAUUGUGGGAGAAGCACCUCGAGUCAAUGUCUGAGGACUACCUUCGGAACCAUCCCAACAAGGCCGCAGUAGAGCAGAUGGUCCUUAGAGACAUUAGGAAUCUGGUGCAUUCGAUGGGGAAGGAUAUUGGCAGUUAUGGCCUCCCAGAUUUGGAUCCGGUAGAUGAUGGGUGUUCAAGUGGUUACUCGAGAGAGGUUCAAGAGGAGAUGUCGAUCAUUCCGGACAAAAAAGAUAUAAAUUUGUUUACAUCUCUUAACACUGAGCAGCGCGCUGGUUUUGAUGAAAUACUCUCUCACGUCGUUGACAAAAGGAGCCAGGUAUUCUUUGUUGAUGGUCCAGGUGGCACGGGAAAGACAUAUUUGUACAAAGCACUUCUUGCUAAGGUUCGUUCACUAGGACAAAUAGCUAUUGCAACAGCGACAUCUGGUAUAGCGGCAUCCAUCAUGCCUGGUGGACGCACCGCCCACUCAAGGUUCAAAAUUCCAAUUAAACUCACAGAUAGCAGCAUGUGCAAUUUCACCAAGCAAAGUGGUACCGCAGAUCUGCUCCGCAAGGCAUCUUUGAUAAUCUGGGACGAAGUUGCCAUGACAAAGCGUCAAACAGUUGAGACACUUGAUAGGUGUCAACACCCGGAUUUUUAA